AUGUACAUCGAGGUUCCUGACCAGACCACCCGCGUGGCGGCUCUUCAGACGCGCGAAGUCCACAUAGUUCAGGAGUUCCCGGCGGAACUGCUGUCGAGGCUUGAAGCAGACCCCGAAGUCGCUCUGUACGACAACCCGCCGUUCAGGCUGCUGGGGCACUUCAACCAUGUGCGCCCGCCGUUCGACAAUAAGCUGGCACGGCAAGCAAUGAUCAAGGCUUAUGACAACCAGAAGGCGCUGACGCUCGCGACGGGCGACCCUGCGUUCACGCGACUGUGCCCUUCACUGUUGCAGUGCGGCACGAAGUGGGAGACUACUUCAGGUUCGGAAGGCAACUACUACGCGCAGAACCUCGAAGAGGCAAAGCAGCUUCUUGAAGAGGCAGGCGUAACCGGGGCGCAUGUGCGCCUUAUGGACCCGGCAGACAGGCAGCCGGCACACGCCGCCGCACAGGUCAGCCGCGAAGUGCUUACGGCGCUCGGUUUCGACGUGGACUUCCAGGUAAUGGACUGGGCGACGAUGGUUGCGCAGCGCGCGCGCCCGGACGACUGGGAGUUCUUCCACACCUGGAGCGGCGUGACCGUCAGGUCAGGUCCUGUCGGACACCUGCUGUUCUCCGAGCUUCAGUACGACGCAUGGUUCAACAACUACCAGGACCUGCCCGGCAAGCAGCGAGAGAUUUACUCCCGCCUGGCGCGAGCCACGACUGAAGAAGAGCAGAUUGCGCUGAACAACGAGUUCCACGAGUACUUCUACGAGGACGCCAUAUUCCUGCAAGUUGGCGAGUUCUUCAGCCGCUGGGCGGCGAGCACCAAGGUGCAGGGAAUCGUCAACGGUGGAUCGGCGCAGCAGAAGCCGUUCGACAAGUGGCUUACCAACUAA